UGACAAAAUGGAACCCACCAGCAGUGUGAGGAGACCUGAAAGUGGCACAUGGCAGAGUGUGCGAUGGAGACAGCAGCAAUGGGAGGCCGUACAGGGACCCAUGAGACACUCUGGACCUGGCAGCAGCAUGAGGAGGCGGUACAUGGCAGGGGCCCAUGGCAGAUUACGGGCCUGGCAGCAGCAAUGGGAGGCCCGUAAUCUGCCAGCACCCUAUGACAAAAUGGAACCCACCAGCAGUGUGAGGAGACCUGAAAGUGGCACAUGGCAGAGUGUGGCGAUGGAGACAGCAGCAAUGGGAGGCCGUACAGGGACCCAUGACACACUCUGGACCUGGCAGCAGCAA